CGUUGUCGCCACUACCCGUAACAACCUCAUUAAAAAUUCUAAAAUAAAACAUCAAAAUAAAAACACAUUAUAAUAGCAUAGGUUUUGCAAAAAUAGCGACAUAUACCGAUUCAAUUCGAUGCCAGUCGAAGUAAUAUUAACAGAUCGUAUACGCGAUGCAAUUGAGGAAGUUUUUACGUUGGAUUCUACGACAGAUGAGUUGAAAACUGAACUUCAAAGUUGGCGAAGGAGUGAGCUAGGGAAUAGCGAUGGACAUAUAGCGCAUGUUGACGAGGUUAUUAAUAGAAAUGACGCAAAUAUUCCUUUCAGUACGGUGAAGAAAGUUUUUGAAACGUUAAAAAAAGGUAUCCGCAUGGGAAUAAAAGAGAUCAGAGAUAUGUUUACAAAAAGAAAAUUAAAGUAAUUUUAUUUUAAAAGGAUCUCCCCCUAGAGGUCCAGUAAGGAAUUAACAUGAGCCGAACAUCUCCAAGUGGUUCAGUGUUACUACAGGAGGAAACCAUACUACGCAGGGAAAACCUGUGGUGUUUGGUAGAGUCAGGACUACAAGACCGCACAUGUAUAUAAUCUCUAAGUGUGUUUAUUUAUUCAGCGGGAAAAGUGAUUUACUUGAACGAGCUAAUGGAAGAUAGUGGAUUGUAUUUUGAACCUGUUCACGAACCAAAGAAGGUAAUUAUAUACCAUCAUCAUUACAAUCAUCAUCAUUACAAUCAUCAUUACAAUAAUCAUCAUCAUGAUCAUUACAAUCAUCAUCACUACAAUCAUCACCAUCAUGAUCAUCAUGAUCAUUAUAAUCAUCAUGAUCAUUACAAUCAUUAUCACCAUCAUCACCAUCAUCACCAUCAUGAUCAUUACAAUCAUCAUCACUACAAUCAUCACUAUCAUUAUCAUGAUCAUUGAUUACAAUCAUCAUCACACCACCAUCAUCACCAUCAUCACCAUCAUCACCAACACCAACAUCAUCAUCAUCACAACCACAGUAUAAUACAAUGGUAUUCAAUAUUUAAACCAGAGUCCAGAGUUGGUUGCUCGACUGGAAAAACUACAAGCAAAGCAGGACCAACUGAGAUAUCGAGCUAUGGUGAAAAAUAUCGAUAAAGAGGUAACUACCAACAGUUGAGCUAUGUAAAUGUAUAAUUACCAUAUGUGUUAUAUAUAGUAUGACUGACUUUAAUAUAUUUUCAUUUAGUUACUUUAUAAGGACAAAAAAGCAUUAGCAUUUGAAGGUUGGUUGACAGAAAAUUUAAGGAAAUAGAAUGUAUAUAAACACGUUUUGACCUAGGCUCGAUUACAAGCUCUUACUCAAGUCGGACCCUCCCCCCCCCCUUGAUUUUGACCCUGCAAAUGUAGCUCAGUCAGCCAUUGGUGAAGCUAGCCAUAGCCACAGGUCAUGCUAUGCAAAUUUUUAAUGAUUUGCAUUAUUCAAACCUUUAGAAAUGUAUUGUCUUUAACCUAUUUAUAAUAGAUGCAUCCCAUUUUAGUUCGAUCAACAAGUCGCCAACUAUCUUCUGUGAUGAAUUUCAUAUUGUCUGUUGGUGGAACUUUUGUGUUUGGUUACAUGUGCUCACAAUAUGCAUUUGCAUACGUCGGCCUGGUAAGAGAACAAUUUCAAACUGAUAUAGCUACCCAGUGUAAUAACACUGGAUUGAUAAGAGAUGACUCUUACUGGACCUCUAGGAAGAACAGUUUAGAACUAAUAGAGCUAUCCAAUAUAAAUAAAGUUAGUUUAGUUUAGGUUUCCUUCUGUGGUAACACUCGAUCAAUAAGAGAUGAUCCUUACUGGACCUCUAGGAAGAACAGUUUAGAACUGAUGAGCUAUCCAGUAUAAAUAAAGUUAGUUUAGUUUAGGUUUCCUCCUGUAGUAACACUGGAUCAAUAAGAGAUAAUCUUUACUGGACCUCUAGGAAGAACAGUUUAGAAUUGAAAGAACUAUCAUAGAUACCAACAUAUUAAUUUAAUUCAGGUUUCAUUCUGUACUAACACUGGUUUAUUCUGUCGUGUCUUCUAGAGAGUGAUGUUUGGCAUCCUACUAGCAAGCAUGGUUGCCCUCGCAGAACUUUACUUCAUGGCAAAGGGCGCUGAAAUUUGACUCCUUAUAGUGUUUCGGAUGAAUAUACCAUACGAAGAAAUGAAAAAAAAAAACAGUACUUGGUCUGGGAAACACGUUUACAAGUGCAGAUAAAUGGGCUAUUGUGUCCUUAAUUUACUGAUGGAGAGAAAACGAACGAGUUAUUAACUAUAUCACGACACAGAAAGAUAAACAACGACAAUUGUCAACAUGUAAUGGUCAAAUAACAAUGAUAGACAUGGAAAAUAAACUAUUUACCAAUCAUAAAUUUGUCUUUUUAAUAUAGUUGGGGAACA